CCAAAACAUAUUCUGUGAUCGCCUCGAGCUUUCUGAGCUGCCAGGUCUUGGGUACUUGGUUCUCCUGGAAGGAAACGGAGGUUCUCCGAGUACAGUGUCUUGUAGCUCUGCAUCUGCGUAAUUUAUAGAAAGAUAUUUACUAACAAGAAGGCCAGAGAAGAGGAACAAAAGAAUGAGAAGCAUGGAACAGAAAAUAGAGUUAAAUAAAAUCCUUUCUCUCUCAUUAAUCAAAUGGCUCAUAAUAAACAAGAUACUCAAUUUCAAGGUGUUUACAGCCAUCCAUUUUCCUCUUAUCAUUGCCUCUUCAUUGCAUCUGGAAGUGGCAUCUCAGACUGAAAUUGCUAUCCACCCUGAGGAACUGGAGAAGGGAAAAGAAACCCAGGGAGCAGAAAAUCCCUCAGGUGCCUCAGACCAGUGUUUUAAACCUUGGAGUGACUAUGAGAUCAGGAGUUUCCUACAAGAAUGGGAAUUGCUUGAAUGUGAGAAGUUGAGGAGGAAUUAUCACAUGGCAUCAAGAAUAAUUGCCAGGCAUCUCAAGCAAAGAGGCAUUAAUAAAGGCAGGAGAAAGUGUCUCCAGAUGCUCAUAAACAUGCAUGACUUAUACUGGACCAUUCAUGAAGCCAACCAGAGACCAAGGCAUGAACCCUUGCCAUGUCCUUUUGGAGAGACCCUUCACAGGAUCCUGGGGCACAGAGAAGAGGACAAAAACUCAGAAGAGGCCAACUUCCUACCUCCCGAGUACCAGCGCCCCACCUAUGAGGAGAUGCUCUGGGCUCCUGCACAUGUGGUCUACGUAGAGCAUCCUCAGGUACCCAGAUGGGAGCCUUGGCACAUGAACCUUCCACAGCCUUGGCACAUGAACCUUCCACAGCCUUGGCACAUGAACCUUCCACAGUCAAGUCCAUGGCUGUUUCCUGCCUAUCUCCCUCCAAACCUCAGCCCCCAGCCACAGUGGUCAACCUUCUCUGCCACUGAAUCAGUUGGUGCCCCUGAAUCAGUUGGUGCCCCUGAAUCAGUUGGUGCCAUUGGAUCGGUUGGAGAACAACUAAAUCCCGUUAGUUAGAACAGAGGAGAUAGUUAGAACCUGACUUCUUUCUUCCCAGCCUAAUGUAAUGAAAAAAUUUCUGGUGCAGAAAUUAACAUUGUAAGUCAAAUAUAC